AUGGCAUCUCUCCGCUCAACUUCUCGUCUCUUCCGGGGCUCAAGCGCUCUCAUGCGCCCCGUUAUGACCUCUCGAUCGUAUGCCACCGUUGAGGCGAACGCAAAGCCCACCGAGGCUUCCUCCGCGCCUACCAGCGCACCCGCACCAAAGAUGAAGACCUUCAAGAUUUAUCGAUGGAACCCUGACGAGCCAACCGCAAAGCCUCGCAUGCAGACGUAUACUAUUGAUCUGAACAAGACAGGCCCGAUGGUUUUGGAUGCUUUGAUCAGGAUCAAGAAUGAAGACGAUCCGACUUUGACGUUUAGGAGAAGCUGCAGAGAGGGUAUUUGUGGAAGUUGUGCGAUGAACAUUGACGGAGUAAACACUCUCGCAUGUCUCUGCCGCACUCCUACCGACACUACCAAGGAGACUCGCAUCUAUCCUCUGCCUCACACCUAUGUUGUCAAGGACCUUGUUCCAGACAUGACACAAUUUUACAAGCAGUACAAGUCUAUCAAGCCUUAUCUGCAACGUGAUACCCCAUCUCCCGAUGGUCGUGAAAACCGCCAGUCGCCAGCUGACCGAAAGAAGCUUGAUGGACUGUAUGAAUGUAUUCUCUGUGCUUGCUGCUCGACCUCUUGCCCCUCCUACUGGUGGAACAGUGAAGAAUACCUUGGACCUGCUCUCCUCCUCCAAUCCUACAGAUGGCUGAUUGACUCGCGAGACGAGCGAACUGAACAGCGCAAGGCCGCUCUCGACAACAGCAUGAGUGUGUACAGAUGCCACACCAUUCUUAACUGCUCGAGAACCUGCCCCAAGGGCCUGAACCCCGGAAAGGCCAUUGCUGAAAUCAAGAAGAUGAUGUCCUUCAACUAA